GAAUGCACCUUAUGGAAUUGUUCCACCUGCACCUGUUGUUCCUAAGGAGGAAGAAAUGGGUGCUACCCCCAAUGGAGAAGGAACUGAAGAGAAAACAGAUAAAUUAUAUGCAUUGAAACAAAGGCAUACAUAUUAUCAAAUUCCGCCUGGAUCAUCUCAGUUUUUCUUUGGACCUUUUCGUCCAUUUGCUCGCAAUGCCAAAGAUAAAAGUGUACGAAUGAGGAGGUUACGGCCGCGCAAAGUUCUGUGUUCACAUUGUAAAGAAGUUUUUAAUGACAAUGAUCCAAAUCAAAAAAAGGUUGUUUGUGGUGUAGUGACACGCAACAGCAAUAAAAACCUACAGUCUGCUGUAGGAACUGGUGCUAAUACGGGUAGUGCAACAAAUCUGAAUCAAAGAAUAGCAACACGUAGUACAAAAACGGACCCUUCUGAAAAAACUGUUGGUGCCUCUGCUGAUGCUAUCAGUUCAGUAGACUCUAAAACUGACUCUGUACAUGAACCUGUUGAAUCAAAACCUACUGACUUUAUUUUAUCAAAAUUAAAAAGUGAAAAGAUGGUUUUAAGAAAGCGAAAGUCUACAGAACUUGAAAAUUCUGAUUCACCUGCUCCUACGGAGAAACUUAAAAGGAUUGAUGCCUUAAAAACAGAAGAAAGUGAAAAUCCCAAUGGUGGUAAUUCAGCAGCUUCUAAGCCAGGUUUAGCAAAAACAAGUCCUGUGAUUAAAAUUUCUUUUGCAAAUCCUCAAGGCAAAGAUACAGUUUUGAAAAUCCCUGCCAGAAUAAAGAAUGCUAGUGAUACUGAAGAAGAUAGCAAUUGGUCCUUACAAGAAAAUUCCAAUUACAAUGCUAAAAAAUUUGCCAGUGCAAAAGCUGCUAAGAAAGCUUUGAAGAAAGCCAAAAAGGAAGCUCAAAAACGAACUCUGAUUCAAUCCAAUUCUCCUACGACUACAGUUUUAAGUCCUAGCAAUGAGAAUGGGGAUGCACAUCCUGCAGAUAAAGAAAAGCAUCAUCAUCACAAGCAUAAAGUCAAAAAGAAACGUAAGCACAAAAAUGGGGAUGCUGAUUCUGAGAAGUAUGACUUGGAAAAUACAGAUACCAGAAAUGUGUUCAAUACAAAUGGCAAUGAUGGUUGGUGCUUAAGAACUAAUUUUGCUGGAGACAUUAAUGUUCCUGGCGAACUGAACAAACCCGCUAAUGUCUUUGAAGAGGUCAAAAGCAAAUGUCUCCAUCAAAAACUUUCUAUUAGUUUAAAACGCCUCAAUGCCAAAGCUUAUAUGCGUUGUAGUCCUAAAUACUCUAUAGAAGAAGACUCGGUAGCCAGUGAUGUUAGUACGGCGAGCAACAUCAGCAUAUGUUCUGGCUCUGGAAGUGACUACGGAGAUGUUCCGGACUUUCCGAAGCAUUCCUCUCCUCUCAGGGACAUGGACAAAGUAAAACCUCUAAUGAUGAGGAUAAGCACGCAUAAUGUGAAAAAAUGUGUUUUGGACCUUGGUCGAGAAAUGGCUGUUGGUGAUAUUGUGUGGGGAAAGAUUCAUGGCUUUCCAUGGUGGCCAGGAAAGGUCCUUGCAUUGACUGUUUCACAAAGGGACAAUGGAGCAAUGCUUAGUCAACAAGCCCACGUUUCGUGGUUUGGAUCAUCAACAUCGUCUUAUAUGCCUUGCAACCAGCUAACACCAUUUCUAGACGAUUUUAAAAUUAGGUUUAAUAAAAAGAAAAGGGGACCUUAUAAAGAAGCUAUAAAACAAGCAAUGCAUGAGGCUCAGCUACCACACAAAGACAUAGCUACUGAUUUAAGUCUAGUGGCUUCAUAGCAUAGGUUUAUAUCUAGCUGUUUUUAAAUUUGCAUCUGGUUAUGAUGCGAGUUAUAGCUUUAGUGCAAUUAUUUUGUGCUUUCUUAAUGUUCUGCUAUCUCUGCACUGUUACUUCUUUUUUAAUGUCAUUAACGAAUUAAUUUCGUUGCAUUACUUAAAUAUUCUCGAUGAGUGUGAAAUCAUGCUAGUGAUCAUUGCUGAAAGUGUUCGUGUUGUAAGAAAUAAGUGUUUUUGUGCUGAUAAUAUAGGUGAUAAAAGCAACAUUAAUGCAGCAAAAGAUUUUGAAAUUUUUAGCUUGAUUAGUGUUUUUAUCGUUUGUACAAGUGUUGUAUGAACUAAUGACAGGAAAAUGAUUUUAAAAGGUACCUCUCUCUCUUUGUUAAAGCCAUUUCUUGUUUUGUUUUCUUGGAACAUAUUUAUUCACACUUCAAUGUAUAAAGUUUUGAUGAGCUUAGUAGAAUAGCUUCAAAUUUCUAUAUUUAUUAUAUAUAUAUGAAUGAUAUAAAUUUGUAUUUUUCAAUGAAUUAGCACUGAUAAUUAAUAGCAGAACUUGUCAGUUUCUUAUGAGUACAAUGUUUGAAAUGUUAUUGGAGUCUUGUUUGUAUAUUUGUCAGACUUACUGUGAUCAGAGUGAAAAAAACAUUGUGUUCAAGAUAUUAACUGCAUAAAGAAAUUUUUUAUUUCCAUUACUAUUGUUCACAAGCAAGCAUCUUUUUAAUUGCCGAUCUUUGCUGGAAAAUGAUCUUGAUCAUUUGAAAAUGAGUCUUUCAUGCAUUGGAGUGCUGUAAAAAAAAGUGAUAUAUUGCUAUAAAAUUUUAAUUUUAACUCAUUGCAAUCAUAUGUCUGUGCAGAAAAUCUUAGUUUCAUACAAUAAUAUAUUGAGUAAAAAGAAUUUAUUCCCAAUUUUAACCAGUUUUUCAUUUUCAGUGGCUGCCCUUUUGAUAUUAAUAUCAUAUCAGCUUUGUGUGUAUGCAUACAUACAUAUGUAUGUUUAUAUAUUUAAUGCAUGCACAUACACAGGCACACAGUUCAAUUCAUAUAUAUGCAUAUGCAGUUGAUUUUCGAUAACUCGAAGUCCUAAGAGACCGGCUGAAAUGUUCAAGUUAUUGGAAGUUCCAGUUAUGGGAAGUUUCCACAAGAGUCUCAUGAGUUAGGGACUCGAUGAAAACUUCAAGAAAAAGGAAUGUUCAAGUUAUAAACUUCGAGUUAUCGAGAUUCGUCUGUAUAUAUAGUAGAAAACUUCUCCGACCAACCACCUCUUCCAACGACCAAAAUUUGAUCAGAUUUUCCCCCCAUUAACUUAUGUUAACUUUAGCUCUCCAUCCAGUGCCCAUUCGAAAUGCUUUUGUGACUUUACAAUCAAAUCUGAAUGCAAUCAUAAAAGUAGGGCAUGGGGCCUUAUUAGCUUCCCCUUGGAAACCUUCAACACUACCAAGUCGGUGUUUUUCUUAAAAAUUCCUCAAGAUAGUUUACCUGAAAAUGAGAUUUAGAUUGGUGUCACAUUCCUUCUUUUAAAAAAAAACAUACUAUCCUUUUCUUAACACAAGUAUUAAGUUGCAUUUUGUUUUGAGGAAACCGUCAUACCACUUUUGAUUGCACACCUUCCCUCGCAUAGCUUUAUUAGAGCCUUUAGUAUUUUUCUGGAUUCCUGAAAUAAACAAACUCCAUUGUGGAUGUGGCAACCAUUUAUUUAUUUUUUAAGCAAUGAAAAUUGGUUCAUAAUGUCAGAAAACACUAAACAAACAUCCAGCUGCAAUGUUUUGAAAAGAAAAAUUACUAAUAAAAAUAUUAAAUUAUUGCUUUUAAUCGCACUUAAUGUGUUUAACAAGAUUCUUGACUAACUUGGUCAAUUUUUUUAAAGCAACCAACUACUUCUCUUAAUAACCAGACUAUUUCUCGCAGGAACGAGAAGUGGUCGCUUUGGAGAGGUUUUUACUGCAUAUAUAUAUAUAUAUAUAUAUAUAUAUAUAUAUAUAUAUAUAUAUAUAUAUAUAUAUAUAUAUUAGUCUUUGUGAAGCCAAUCAUUAUUUCAGUCAAUUACAAUUCAAGAACAAAAAUACCAGCAAUUAAAAUUGAUUUUUGGUAUCAACAAUGUGUGCAUAUUUGAACCAUUGUACUUAUUUAAAUGAUUUCACACUCACAGAAUUUAGGUUUCUUGAAGUUUUUGCUGUUAUGAUUCAAAGUAAUGUUGUUCUGAUAAACAGAGUAGUUAUCACUUUUGUUAUUUCAAAAUCAAAAUACGUUAUGUUAAUUGGCAAGAUUCUUCGAUUAUUAUGAAAGGCUAUUUAUUACCUGUUCCCUUUUGUUUUUUUGUGGGAAUCUGCAAAAAUGAGUUUUUAAGAUAUUUGAAAAGAAGCAUGUUUUGGAUUCCAUACUAACAAUAAGGAAGUGUUAAAAUUGAAGUGUUUUCGUCAGAAACCAAAUAAGUAAACAUGUACAAUAGAGCUACAUUACACAUAACAAAAAUGCCAAAAAAUGAAAAAUUUGCAGAUUACUGCUUUUUUUCUUUGCAUAGCAACGUAAUUCUCAGAUUUUUAUCAAAAGAUCUCUGCAAUUCUGUACACUUACCCUUAAAAAAUCAUUUCAUUAAUUCAUUUCAAUUCACAAUGUUUUACUAACUUCUAACCUUGUCUAAAAUUGCUUAAUGCUUUGAUUGUUGCAAUUAUAUUGUGAUUAUGGGUUCUUGCCAGAUAAUUGUGUUAAUUAGUUUGUAUUCUGAAAGCUAUUCAAAAUAUUUUUGAUUCAUCAUUCUACAGCCAAUUAAAAGAAAGAAUUUAAAAAAGAACGUUUUUAAAAACAUUGUUGAGGAAUUAGCUUGAAAUCUUAUUUUUUCAAUGAAUAUUUGCUAUUUUGGUUUCAUCAGUAAAAUUCUUGUUGUUAUAAAUUGUUUCUCAUACACGUUUUGCUAUCAAGGGUUGUAAUAGUAUUUAGUAUGGCACAUUGGUAUGCAUUUUAAAACUAACUUUCCAUGCAAUUUUAAGAUUGGAAAGUUUACAUACCAACUCUUUCUAGCAAAAGAAAAUUCUUAUGCUUUAAACCCAAAGCAAUUGUUUUUGAACAUUUCCUAAUGUUGAACGAGCUAAGAAGUGAUUCUAUUCCAAAUUUUCAAAAAGUUCAAAUUUAUAGGCUCUUUUCUGAAAUUUUUAUGAUGUGUUAAAAAGAAAAGAUUCUAUAAAAUAUUAAAAUCUCUACUAAUGUAGUUAGAAGCCUUUUAUACAAGCAAGUACAAAUAUGAUGACCAGCGACAGGCUCUGGGCCCAGCUAGGCUAUUCCUAGUUAGUUUAUGAUUCCCUAAUGAAGAUCAAAGGCCCUCUUAAAACUAUCCACCCCCUUGCUCAUUAUAGCCUCUUUCGGUAAGGCAUUCCAAGGUUAUGCAACUCUACUAAAGUAAGUUUUUCAUAGUUCCGAAGUUAGCUUGAGAUUUGAAUGGCUUAAAACAAUGACCCCUCAUCCUCUUUUCCGUGCAAAAAUUUAACCCAAUAACAUCUUUUAUUUUGAUAAAUUUAAUCAAAUGAAUCAUCCCCCCUGUGACUCCAUUGCUCCAGGUAGUACAUAUUAAGACUUUUAAGUCGAGCAUCAUAAUUUAAAUCUGGUAGUAGUACAAGCUGCUGCUAUAGUACUGAUAGUACUACGCUACUAGCCUAGUCGCCCUUCUUUGAACCUUUUCCAAUAAUAAAAUAUCUUUUUUUUUUUGAGAUAAGGAGACUAAAACUGAACAGCAUAAACAUUGCUUCAUUCCAGCUUAGCAUGGAAUUCAAUUAAUGAAUAGUUAAAAUCCUCCUAACUUUAGAAUUGGUUAAGCAAUCAGGCAAGCAUGAACUCUAGCUAAAAACAACAACAAAAUUGCAGGCAAAAUUAUCAUCUAAUAUAUUUUUUCUUACUUUAAAGAAUAACAUUCACUUACUUGUUUUUAAAUAACUUGAUAUUGCAUGCUAUUUCUUGGCAUUCAAAUAGAUUUUCUGAUCUACUUAGGAAUUCAUGUUUAAAAAAUUUUAAAACAAACUGUAAAACCUUGCCUCUGGUGAAUAUGGAUAUGUCUGACAGACAAUGACCCUAAAAAAUGGAAAAAGAAAAAAAAAACACUAGCACUUAGACUUAUUAAUGUUGCAAAUAUACACUGCUGGCCUCUGGGUAAGAGCCCUACAGAAGGGGGGAGGGGGCAAAAGUUACAAAUCUGGGCCUGCCAACACCUUAUUUGAUCAGGCAGCCAUGGACCAGUUUAUAUCCAUAUAAGGACACCUCAUACCCUAGAAGGUAAAUUGUGGUUGUGCUAGUGCUCCGCAUAAAGCUGAAAAUCGCGAAAUCUUCUAACUACAGAAGGUGCUCACGUAAUGUAUUAACAUUGAAAAAAACUUUUUUAACUAAAGAUUUAAUAUUACCUCCUUUAAUGGACACCUCUGAAUAAGGGACACUUUUUCAGGUCCCAGUCCCUUUGAAUAGGGACCUCCAUGUGUUUGCAUCUCAUUAAAAGGUACUCUAUUUAAGUCACAGUUGCUGGGAAAAAUUACAAAAAAUAUGUACAAAUACCUUUGAAAUAUCGAGUUUAUUGGAAUUCAAGUUUCCCUUUUUGUCCAAAAAUUAACUGGUAAAGGUUUGUCAUAACAUUAAAAUGCAAAUAAACAAACAAGUAUCCUAAAAUUCUUGCUGAGACCUACAUUCAUGCAUUUCCUUCUCAUUUAUUUUUUCAUAUGUUCUCUCCCUGAUAGGUAGUGUGUGCCCAUGACAAGCUUUGUAUAGAAAACUUGAAAUGUGAUCACACUGUUUUUUGCAUUGUAUUGAAAUGACAUUUAACAAAUUCAUGUAGCACACUGAUCCAAAAUUGUAAUUCAUGAAAAUCGGUUACAAAACUUUGAUACACCUACAAACUUUUUGAUACAAGUUUUAUAAUUUUUUUCCCACUUUGAAUGAUUCUGAAUUCUAUUUAGUAUUAUAUGAAAUAUUUUCAAUUUGUACUCUUGAAUGUUAUUAAGAAAUUAUACUGAGUUUACACAGCAUGGGUGAAUUCAUCGACCUCCAAAGAAGGGACACCUCUAUUUAAGGGACAAGUUGUGUGGUCCCCUUAGUGUCCCUUAUUGCGAGGUUCUACUGCAAUUAUAUUUAAUACUGAAGUAGGAUUUUUUUUUAAAUUAAUUUUCCUUAUCAGUGCAAGACUUUUUAAAUACCCUGUAUAAUAGUAAAUUGAUUUUUGAACAGUGCCUGACUGUGACUGAACUGAUUCUACUUUUUAUGUGAAUAGGUACCUAUUAAUAUUCACACGAACACGGUCAUAUUUAAAUGUUUAAAAAAUGCUGUUCAAAAAAUAAUUUUGCUUUUAUGAAGGAGUUGAUAGAUUGUUGUAAAUUAUUUUAGUUAAUAAGUUCAAAAAAAUCUUUUUUUUUUUUUGUAGAGUUCUAAAUUAAUAUUUCACUUGAAAUUCCAUAGUAAUAAGAAUUGCAACUUGUAACCAGAUGGAAAAGUAAAAAAGAAAAGCAUUGCUUUUCAAUGUGUAAUUUUUCGUGACAUUCAUAAAGUAGAUAACAUGAAAUCUUAAGAAAAUAAGCCGCACAGACAAAAGUAUAAUUUUUGUGCCCUACCCUCUCUAGCACGGUAAUCAGGACUUUUUAAGGGGAUCAGUUGCCUCACCCCCUUCUCCCGGCUUUGAAAAAUUAAUGUUUUUACAUAUAAGUGGGCGUGGUUUUCGUUUUCCGAUAAAAUUUGCAUUGAGUAUGCAUCCUUUGCCCCUCCCCCCCCCCCUUCCAAACACACACACACACUAGAAAAAAUCGAAAUGACGCACCUAACUGUAAUCUAAUAUUAAUGCAUCCAAAAUUUGAGUUAUGUUCAGUUAUUGCAUCAUCCUCUUCGCUUUUCGUAUAUCUUUAUCUCUAAUGUUACCAUUCAAAUUAUUGCAUCAUCAUCUUCUCGUCUCGUACCUUUUUCUCUAAUGCCACCAUUCGAAGUCAGUUUAAACGAUAGACAAUUUAUUAAAUUCAAAUUUUAACUUGAAUUUCAAACUUGUGAAAUAAGUCAACAAAAUCAUGAAUUUUAGUUGUACUUAGUCUAGUCUGCUUUUAAAAUAAAAAUAUUUUAGGUGCCGAAGUAUUUUAUGUCUUCAAGAGAUAUUUUAUUUGUGUAAAUACAGUUGUAAAUACAGUGAAAAUUCUGGCUUGAACCCAAAUGUUUAAGUGUUUUUGUUUGUAAAAAAAGUAUAUUGAGCUGCUUGUGUAAAGAAGAAUACAAAUGUCUAUAUUUUUCUUUUGUCUGAAGUGAAAAAAGAAAAAAUGUACAGAAAAGAAUUCUAUUAUGUCACAAGAAAUUAAGUGCUGUACAUUUUGUAAACUAGUUUUUCUAAUUCAUUGCUCUGUUUUUAAUGGGCAUUAUUUUGUACUUCGAUAGUCCACUGGUUGUACAGUGGACCAUAGUGUAUUAACAAUAUUUAGAAUUAUAACUUUUGAUUUCUAUCUUGAGUGUUGUUUCAACCGCUUUGGAUUCUUCAUUCUUCUAUUUUAAUAAAAAUGUAA